CCAGCAGCAGAGCGCCUGCGCUACAUCCUCGGUGACGAUGACAUGCCGACACCCACCCUCUUCACUGAGAUGGACACUCUACAGCAUGAUGGCACCGAGCUAGAAUGGAUGGAGUCGGCCAGGUGGGUGAAGUUUGAGGAGAAGGUGGAGAAGGGUGGGGAGCGCUGGAGCAAACCGCACGUCUCCACCCUGUCACUGCACAGCCUGUUUGAGUUGCGCACCUACCUGCAGUCGUGUACCGUCCUGCUGGACCUGGAGGGCUCCUCCCUGCCCCAGAUCAUGGGUGAGCUGGACCUCAUCAUGGCAUCACGCUCUCUGGGCUAUCAUGCACAAAGUCAGAGUAUGAAUGAUAUUUCAGACACGCCCAGCACAGACCAGCUGAAGAACAAGUUCAUGAAGAAGAUCCCGCGUGAUGCUGAGGCAUCCAACGUGCUGGUGGGGGAGGUGGACUUCCUGGAGAAGCCCUUUGUGGCCUUUGUCCGCCUGGCACAGGCCACCACUCUGGGAGGACUGACAGAAGUUCCAGUCCCUACCAGGUUCCUGUUUGUGCUGCUUGGACCUCAGAGAAAAGGCAGGUCCUACACUGAGAUUGGCAGAGCCAUAGCCACGCUCAUGGUAGAUGACCUCUUCAGCGACGUAGCGUACAAGGCCAGGGACAGAGAUGACCUCAUCGCCGGCAUUGACGAGUUCCUGGACGAAGUCACUGUGCUGCCACCCGGAGAGUGGGACCCCAAAAUCCGCAUUGAGCCCCCCAAGAAGGUGCCCUCUGCUGACAUGAGGAAGUCAGUCUUCUCCCUCAACGAGCUGGGCCAGGUGAACGGGAUAGUGGGAAGCCCGGCCCCUGAAGAGGACAUACCAAUGCCACACGAACUGGGAGAGGAGCUGGUCUUUACUGGAAAGUUCUGUGGCGGCCUGUGUCUGGACAUCAAGCGGAAGCUGCCCUGGCUUUUUAGCGACUUCUACGGGGGGUUCCACAUCCAGUCCAUCUCUGCCGUGCUCUUCAUCUACCUGGGCUGCAUCACCAACGCCAUCGCCUUCGGUGGGCUGCUGGGGGACGCCACAGACAACUACCAGGGUGUGAUGGAGAGCUUCCUGGGCACAGCCCUGGCCGGCACCGUGUUCUGCUUCUUCGGAGGCCAGCCCCUCAUCAUCCUCAGCUCCACGGGACCCAUCCUCAUCUUUGAGAAGCUGCUGUACGAGUUCAGCAAGAAUAAUCACAUUGAUUACAUGGAGCUGCGCCUGUGGAUCGGCCUGCACUCAUGCCUGCAGUGUUUGAUUCUGGUCGCCACGGACGCCAGCUUCAUCAUCAAGUACAUCACACGCUUCACAGAGGAGGGCUUCUCCAGCCUCAUCUCCUUCAUCUUCAUUUCUGAUGCAAUCAAGAAGAUGGUGGCCUCCUUCAACUACUACCCCAUUAAUAGAGGCUACAAGCCAGAAUACGUCACCAUGUACAAGUGCGAGUGCCAAGCCCCCAGUCAGUCAGACUCCAUGUUCAACAUUUCUGGCCCAACAUCAGUGGACCGCACCAGCGAACUCUCUGUGCUGAAUGAUACAGCUUUAGAUUGGAGCCAACUCAGCCAGAAGGAAUGUCUCUUCUAUGGCGGCUCCCUCAUAGGAAACUCCUGCAAAUAUGUCCCAGACCUGGCACUGAUGUCCUUCAUCCUCUUCUUCGGCACCUACUCCAUGACCGUCUCGCUCAAGAAGUUCAAAUUCAGCCGCUACUUUCCCACCAAGUGCCGCUCCCUCAUCAGUGACUUUGCCAUUAUUAUUUCCAUCCUCGUCUUCUGCAUGCUGGACCACCUGCUGAACUUGGAUACCCCCAAACUACAUGUUCCCACAGAGAUCAAGCUUCGGAAACUCAUCAGUGAUUUCUCCACCCUGAUGUCAAUCAUGACGUUUGUGGGUCUUGAUAUGUUAAUAGGGCUACAAACGCCCAAGCUGAUAGUGCCUACAGAGUUCAAGCCAACCCGCUCAGACCGGGGCUGGAUUGUGGAGCCGUUUGGGAAGAACCCGUGGUGGAUGUGUCUAGCCAGCUUCGUCCCUGCACUCCUCGUCACCAUCCUCAUCUUCAUGGACCAGCAGAUCACUGCUGUCAUCGUCAACCGCAAGGAAAAUAAGCUCAAGAAAGGGUGUGGGUAUCACCUGGACCUCUUCUGGGUUGGGAUCCUGAUGGCCGCCUGCUCCCUCCUGGGGCUGCCUUGGUAUGUGGCAGCCACCGUGAUCUCCAUCGCCCACAUCGACUCCCUGAAGAUGGAGAGCGAGUGCAGCGCGCCAGGAGAGCAGCCGCAGUUUCUGGGAGUGCGGGAACAGAGACUGACAGGGAUUUUGGUGUUUGUCCUGACGGGGGUCUCCAUCUUCCUUGCACCUAUACUGCAGUUCAUCCCCAUGCCUGUGCUCUAUGGGGUCUUCCUCUACAUGGGAGUGGCCUCUCUCAGCGGUGUUCAGUUUUGGGACAGAAUCAAACUGUACCUGAUGCCUGCAAAGCACCAGCCCGACUUCAUAUAUCUGCGCCACGUUCCCCUGAGGAAGGUGCACCUCUUCACCCUGGUCCAAAUCACCUGUCUGGCUGUGCUUUGGAUCCUCAAGUCGACCGUAGCAGCCAUUGUCUUCCCUGUCAUGAUUCUGGGGCUGAUGUUGGUGCGGAAGAUGCUGGACUUGGUGUUCUCCCAGCACGACCUGGCCUGGCUGGACGACAUCCUGCCCGAGAAGGACAAGAAGAGGACAGAGGAUGGGAAGAGAAAGAAGGACAGGAGGAGAUGCAAAGGGUGGGAGGAGAACAGUGAUGCGGAGAGGAAAGGUCAUUCCUAUGUCAGUUACUCGCCUGAUGACACUGGCCGGGACCGCAGGCACUAUGUGCUCAAGCUGCACGUGUCAUACAGUGACCUGGUACAGCCCCCUGAGAGCCACGCCCCCUGGGGGACAAGCUGCGAGCUGGAGCUGGACAGGCGACAGCUACUCCUACUGAGUCACACAGCCGACCAGGCACACACGGCCGACACAGCCGACAGGCGACAGCUACUCCUACUGAGUCACACAGCCGACCACGCACACACGGCCGACACAGCCGACAGGCGACACCCACUCCUGUUGAAUCACACAGCCGACCACGCACACACGGCCGACACAGCCGACAGGCGACACCUACUCCUGUUGAAUCACACAGCCGACCGCACACACUGA